AUGUACUGCCCACCUUCUUCUGCCACCAAAACUAAAGUGAAUAAACUUGACAUCGCUACUAAGGAAAAUAUUUUUAGAGACAUAUUUGGUACAUCUCGUCAAUACAGCUAUUACGACACUGAUAAUAAUACUGCUAUUGAGAAUAACCCAACAAAUACCAAUGAAGAUUAUAUUGAUCGAGUUUUAUCUGGUAUAGACAUUUCAAUACCCCCAACUCUAAACAAUCAAUUUACCCACACUACAAAAAAUCUAAGAGAUAACGAAACUAACAACAGUACCUUUUCCAGUUGUGAGUCUACUAAUGACACCUUAUUACAAAAUACAUCAACUCAAUCAUCGUUAUCUCUCACUAAUAUUAAUAAUAACAAGACGCAAAAAUCACGUAGAAAUGUUAUUUCUCCCACUGAUACCACUUUGUCCAACAAAGACACUGAAUUGAUGAUUAAACAAGUUUCAGAUACAGAGAGUAUAACAACUGAUACACCAGAAACUUCACCAAUAAAACCAAAUUUUGAAAAACAGCAACAAGAGCCAACCUAUGUAUCCAAUUCUUCUCCGAAGAAAUAUAAUUUAGAAAAGAUUGUGACCAACAAAGUUAAUGGCAGCAGCUCAAACACUUUUGUUAAUCCUGGCAACGCUAAAUAUAGUAAUACAAAAAAGCCGCUAUUGAAACCAUUAAAUUUGAAGUUUCAAUCGUCUUCUUCAAGUUUAUCGACCCAAUUUAAUAAUAACAGCACCACUGUUAUACCCAAGUCGAAUGCGUCUAGUUCUGGUGGUAAUACUAAUAGUACUUCCAAGUUGAAAAGUCCAAUGCAUAAUAUAAUGGGCGGUUUGUUCAAUAGAUCGAGUUCUGCAUCUUCACAUUCUUCCCUUGUUAAUAGCCCAACCACACCAUUAUUUGGAGGGAGUGGUCAAAACGCUAGUAAUACCAAUUCUCCACAACGAAACCCAUUUUCAUAUGACACUUUAAAUGCAGGCAAUAAUGAUAAUGGUGCUUCCACAGAAAGUGGGUUCCCUAACAGCAAAAAUACUACCGAUGGCAUUAAUACCAACACUCCAAGCUUUGGUGCAAGAACUUUAUCUUUAGGGUCCAAUACUUUAAAGCAUAUGGCAUCUUCAAUACAACAAAAAUCUGGUAGCAGCAACGGAAAAAAUUUGUCCCAACAUUCCAGUAGCAGUACAUUGAAUCUGAAUUUUAUGAACAGUGCUACUAAUGCUUCCAAUAAUCCAUUUUCUUUUACAAUAGCCAACAAUGAUCAAUCAACAACAUCUGAAGGGCUGAGAUCAAGGUCGUCUGCACCAUAUAUAGCACAUUACCACUCCAAUAAUACCCAUCACCACUCUCACUUUAAAAGAAUAACGUCAAGUACAUCGUUACACAGUAACUAUAGCAACAAUGUCAAUACUGCGCCCUCAACACCAAUUUCUUCCUCUGCAGGCGGUGGCAAGCGUCAAAAUAGUAUAUCUUCAGCGGGUAAAAUAUUUCCAUCGCAUAAUACUGCGCUAUAUGCCACAUCUUCGAUGAAGAGACCGCAAGUCUAUCCAGCUAUUUUAUCUAGGGUAGCUUCCAGAUUUUAUAGGAAUAUACCUGUUGGUGAACACAAAAAGGAUGGAUUAGUUUAUAGAGACAGUUUUACUGGUCAAGAGGCGGUUGAUGUGUUAUGCUCUAUCAUACGUACCAGCGAUAGAAAUUUGGCGUUAUUGUUGGGUAGAGCUUUAGACGCACAAAAAUUAUUCCACGAUGUUUUUUACGAACAUCGAUUAAGAGAUUCUGCUAAUGAAGUUUAUGAGUUUGCCAAUCCCAAAACCAAAACCACCAAUAUUAACAAUUUAGGAUCUGUAGUGGUAAAUGCUGAAUUAGCCACUAGAGAAUUGUUGUCAUCUGGUUCCUCAUUCAAUUUAUUGUCUUCGCCCACAACUAAUACCGCUACUACUACUACUACCACUACUACCAAUAAUAAUAUCAAUGCAAAUAGUCGUAGUGCAAGUAGUACUAGUACUAUAAGCAAUUCCAGUGAUAUGCUUGAUGCAUUCAACACCAGUACGGAUUAUAUUGGCAACAAAGUGAAAAAUGGUAGAAGCACCAUUAAACCUUUUAAUAUCAAUGGUGUUUUUAUUUUAUUAGCGGAAUGUUACUCUCCAACAUGCACUAGAGAUAAAUUAUGUUAUUCCAUUUCAUGUCCUAGAAGAUUAGAGCAGCAAGCUAGGCUGAAGCCUAAUACUAUGUACAUGAAUAAUUCUCACUUUAAUACCAAUAAUAAUAUUAGUAGUAGUAGUGGUACUGCUAUUGCUACUACUACUACUACUACUAAUACUAAUAAUAAUAUCAGUACUGUUACUGGCGGUAGGAGUAAAAGCGUAACAACCAUCGGCAGUGGUGCAAUUAAAAGCGGUCAGUUGAAAAGAAACGUGACUGUAGUUGACGAUGAUGAUGACUCAGAUCCUAAAUCGUCAUGGACCAGUAGCGUGCCCAAAGAAGUGUGGGCUGAUUUAGAUAAACAUGAAAUUAAAAGACAGGAGGCAAUUUAUGAAUUUUAUAUGACGGAAAAAAAUUUUAUCAAAAGUUUGGAGACCAUAAGAGAUACAAUAAUUAAGACGUUAGCAGAAACCAAUAUUAUCCCUGCAGACAUUAGGAAAAACUUUAUCAAACAUGUCUUUGCACAUGUGAAUGAUAUUUAUUCUGUGAAUAAAAGGUUUUUGGAAAGUUUGACUGAACGUGUUAAAAGCAGUGCGAUUAUUGAUGGGAUUGGUGAUAUUCUACUAAAAUGGAUACCUUUUUUUGAACCAUUUGUGUUAUAUAUUGCAAGUAGACCAUAUGCGAAAUAUUUAAUUGAAACACAAAGAACAGUCAAUCCAUAUUUUGCCAGAUUUGACGAAGAUUUGAUGAAUUCUAAAUUAAGACAUGGGAUCGAUUCAUUUUUGUCGCAAGGUGUUUCCAGACCGGGCAGAUAUGCGUUAUUAUGCAGAGAAAUCAUAAAGUAUAGCAAAGAUAAUGUUGAGCACAAACGAGAUUUAGAACAUUUAAAUAGAGCAAUGGAUGCGUUCAAUGAUUUUAUGAAGAGAAUAGAUAAAGCCAGUGGUGCAGCUCAGGAUAGACACGAUGUUAUUUUAUUGAAACAACGUAUUUUAUUUAAGAAUGAGUUUGUGAAUUUAAGAUUAAAUGAUGAAAAGAGAAGAAUCAGACACGAGGGGUUAUUGAGUAGGAAGGAAGUUAAUUCUAGAAGUGAUCUGGUAAGUGUUGGUGGUAAUAGUGGUGGAAAUGGAUUUUACGAUGGUGAUAUACAGUUUUAUUUGUUAGACAAUGUGUUAUUAUUUUUAAAAAGCAAAGCUGUGAAUAAAUGGCAACAGCAUAAAGUUUUCCAAAGACCCAUACCUUUGCAAUUAUUGUUUGCUGCUCCUGGGGAGGAUAUACCAAAUUUGAGGAAAUAUAUUGGUAGUUCUCCUGGCUGUGCUUCCUGUUGUUUUGUUCAAUCACAAGAGUCUCUCACACAUUCUGCGUCGAAUCACAAUACAAGUGCUAUUGCCAUUGGAGGAGGAGGAGGAGGAGUCAGCUCUAGUAUUUCUAGUGGUAAUUCUACGCCUUUGACACCACUUGGCGAUUCAUCUGAUGUAGCAUUAAUACACAACAGCACCAACAGCAAUGCCAUCGGAAGUAAAAAUGCUCUAACGUUUAUUUACUAUGGUGCAAAACAAAGGUAUCAAGUUACCUUAUAUGCUGCGCAAUACGCGGCGUUACAAACGUUACUGGAUAAAAUUAGACAGGAGCAACAUAGAAUACUGACUCAAAACCAUAUUUUCAACGUUAAAAAGGUGACUAAUAGAUUUUUUGAUUACAACAAUAGAAUCAAUAGUGUUUGUACAUUUGAUGGGGGCAGGAAUUUAUUAAUUGCCACAACAUCUGGCCUAUACGUUUUCCAUAGGGUGAAUCAUAGGGGAAGUGGCAAUGGUGAUAAGCCACGUAAUCAGCCACAAAGAAUUAUGUCUAAAAGUAAUAUUACACAAGUGUCAGUGUUGGAGGAUUUCAAGACGGUUUUGUUGUUAAUUGAUAAGAAGUUGUACAGUUGCCCGAUUAAGCUAUUGUAUGAUACUGGUGCCAGUAUUGCAAAUAAAGGGGCUAGUAGUGGUAGACCUGGUGGUGUCAAAGAUGGACAAUAUUUGAAAAGGUAUUCCAAAGAGUUAAUGAAUCAUGUUAGUUUUUUCAAAGACGGAGAUUGCGGCGGUAAAAAGUUGAUAGUGACGGCUAAUUCUUCUCAACAUUCAAUUAAAUUUUUUGAAUUGGAGCAUCCAUUAAUGAAAAAAAGUGGAAGCUCUACUUCUAGCGCAACAACAAACAAAAAAGUUAUUGAAGUGUAUUUUGAUAGUGAACCGAUUUCAAUUUCCUUUUUGAAAAACAAUUUGUGUAUUGGGUGUAAGAAGGGGUUUCAAAUAGUUUCUCCAUCACAAGUAGUUCAUGAGCCGUUAUUGGACCCAGCGGACACGUCAUUAGAAUUUGCUCUUCCAAGAAAGGGGGAUGUAACUUUACGACCAAUGUCAGUUUAUAGAGUUGGUAAUUUUUUCUUUUUAUGUUAUUCUGAAUUUGCAUUUUUUGUAAAUAGUCAAGGUUGGAAGAGAAAAGAUAGCCCUAUUAUUCAAUGGGAGGGGAUACCCAAUAAGUUUGCGAUCUGGUAUCCGUAUAUUUUGGCAUUUGACUCUAGCUUUAUAGAAAUCAGAAAAAUUGACGAUAACGGCAAUUGUUGUGGUGAGUUAGUUAGGUGUGUUUUGGGUGAAAAGAUUAGAUUGUUACAAACUAGUUCACAAGAAAUAUUAUACGUGUAUGAAGAUGAUAAAGGGUAUGAUACGAUAGCAUCAUUAGACUUUUGGAUUAAAUAG